AUGACUUCCAGUAAGAUCGAGAUGCCCGGCGAGGUGAAGGCCGACCCCGCCGCCCUCAUGGCGUCCCUGCACCUCCUGCCGUCGCCCACGCCCAACCUCGAGAUCAAGUACACCAAGAUUUUUAUUAACAACGAGUGGCAGAACUCGGAGAGUGGGAGAGUGUUCCCUGUCUAUAAUCCAGCCACAGGAGAACAGGUGUGUGAAGUUCAAGAAGCAGACAAGGCAGAUAUAGACAAAGCAGUGCAGGCAGCCCGCCUGGCUUUCUCUCUUGGCUCAGUGUGGAGAAGGAUGGAUGCUUCAGAAAGAGGACGUCUGUUGGAUAAGCUUGCAGACUUGGUGGAACGAGACAGGGCAGUCCUUGCAACCAUGGAAUCCCUAAAUGGUGGCAAACCGUUCAUGCAAGCUUUUUACGUCGAUUUGCAAGGAGUCAUCAAAACCCUUCGGUAUUACGCAGGCUGGGCUGAUAAAAUUCACGGGAUGACCAUUCCUGUAGAUGGAGACUAUUUUACCUUUACAAGACACGAACCUGUUGGAGUGUGUGGACAGAUCAUCCCAUGGAACUUCCCCCUGCUGAUGUUUGCCUGGAAAAUUGCUCCAGCUCUGUGCUGUGGCAAUACAGUAGUUAUUAAACCAGCAGAACAAACACCACUCAGCGCGCUCUACAUGGGAGCCCUCAUCAAGGAGGCUGGCUUUCCACCGGGAGUCAUCAAUAUUUUGCCAGGAUAUGGGCCAACGGCCGGGGCAGCAAUAGCUUCUCACGUUGGCAUAGACAAGAUUGCGUUCACAGGGUCUACUGAGGUUGGAAAGCUUAUCCAAGAAGCAGCUGGAAGAAGUAAUUUGAAACGAGUAACUCUGGAACUUGGAGGGAAAAGUCCCAAUAUUAUUUUUGCAGAUGCUGAUUUGGACUAUGCCGUGGAGCAGGCUCACCAGGGUGUGUUCUUCAACCAAGGCCAGUGCUGCACUGCAGGAUCUCGCAUCUUUGUGGAGGAGUCCAUCUAUGAAGAGUUUGUGAGAAGAAGCGUGGAGCGGGCUAAGAGGCGCAUAGUGGGCAGCCCCUUUGACCCCACCACCGAGCAGGGACCCCAGAUUGAUAAGAAACAGUACAACAGGAUCCUGGAACUCAUCCAGAGUGGUGUGGCCGAAGGCGCCAAGCUGGAGUGUGGAGGCAAAGGGCUGGGCCGAAAGGGGUUUUUCAUCGAGCCCACGGUGUUUUCCAACGUCACUGACGACAUGCGGAUCGCCAAGGAGGAGAUCUUUGGGCCCGUUCAGGAAAUUUUGAGGUUUAAGACUAUGGAUGAAGUUAUUGAAAGAGCCAAUAACUCAGACUUUGGACUUGUAGCAGCUGUCUUUACUAAUGACAUCAACAAGGCCCUCACGGUGUCUUCUGCAAUGCAAGCUGGGACUGUUUGGAUCAAUUGUUACAAUGCCUUAAAUGCCCAGAGUCCCUUUGGGGGAUUCAAGAUGUCUGGAAAUGGGAGAGAAAUGGGAGAAUUUGGUUUGCGAGAAUACUCCGAAGUUAAGACCGUGACAGUAAAGAUCCCCCAGAAGAACUCUUAAGAUGGCCAAGAAGGAAGGUGAAGGCCAGCCUGCACGACUCUCCCCCUCUGCUUUCCCUGUGGGGCCCAGCUCUCAGGAACCCAAACUUGAUACUCAGUCCUUACUUAAGAUUUAAAUGACAGCAGGUAGGCCAGGCCAUUCGCUGCGUAAAGAAAGCAAACCCGUUGGGCGUGGUUUCUUGGCACCCUGUGAGGGAUCACCUUAACAGUACCAAACAUUGGGGAGCGUGGGACAAAGGCACGAGGAGUAGCUGUGGGGCAUACCCAGUAUUUCUUUCUGGGGUGAGGGAGCUGUAUUAUUUGAUGCCUUCUGUCACAAAGGACUUUGCUUGUGAGCAAAGGUAGCCUUUCCAUUGUCUUCAUUUCCCCCUUCCAGGCUCUCCCUGCUCACGCACCCCUCCCGCUCCUCCAAGGAGAUCUCAGCUGAGCUCAUCUGGGGCAGAUGUUUGGGCCGGGAACAAUUUUCCAAGGUUUUGCAGCCAAAUUACCGUUUCAUGUCAUCCAUUUCUUCAAAGCAAAACAUGAAAUGGUUUUAGUUAGAGCCAGACCAGACUGAAAAUGCCAGGAGCUGGUACACUGCAGAUGUCCUAAGGAGAAAGAACUUGGGAUAUUCCUGACCCAGUCUGGCUUUCUUACAUCCACAUAUAACAGGAGUGAAAGAUCAGGAGAUGGAGCUCCAGCGAUCAUCACGUGUAGUUCACAGCCUCGGAGCUCAUCACCGCAUGGUUUGAGGGGGUAAGA